CACUGGUAUACAUGCGGCAUAUUACGCGCCAAUAACGAUCAGAAAAGCCGGCUACGAUUCCAGCCAGUAAAAAACAGUGCUGUAAUCAUUGGGUCCUUGGUUGUACGCGGCCGCACCAAUUCCCAUUUACUAGCGGCAGUUGUAUUUAUUGUGCGCAUUGGCCGUUCAGUAUACCAUUUCGCCGGCAUCCGCUGUUGCUGGCAGCUCCUCAGGAAUCAACAGCCGCGUGCGUUUUCUACACGCUUGGGGAAUCUGGGAUUGACUGGGAUACGAGUAUUCACACUUCGAAUGCCGACGUCCACCGGCCGACUCAAGUGGCCUGAUGUGAUAGAGCUGUCGUCUGGACGGAGAGUGUUGUGCGAACGUUGGACGACCGGCGCUGCUAGCUUAAAAAGAUUGUGGGACCUAUCUUGCGCUUGUUUUUUAUGCCCCAAGAAAUUUUCCCAGGCUAACGUCCUGAAGGCCCACAUAAACGCGCAUCUUGGACGCCGCGAUUACGUCUGUCCGGUCUGCUCAAAAGCGUUCGUUCAGUCCGCCCAUUUGCGGACUCAUCAAAAUACGCAUUUGAAGAACAAAAAUCACCAAUGCUCACAAUGCUUGAGCAAGUUUUCCUCGAAAGCUGCUCGGGAUCGUCAUGAGCAUAGGCAUACCGGCGUCAAACCGUAUCCUUGUCAGUUCUGUCAGAAGUCUUUCUCCCGUCGGGAAAGUCAAAUACAACACAGAUGUCUGCAACGCCGAAAUAUUGGGAGUACUGCGCGUAAGCGUACGAAAUCGAAGAAUAGGCGAAGCUUUUUGCAAUCUAAUAGUGGAGGGGUGCGUUGCCACACAGCUGCAGUUGGAUGCCAAAUUAAAACUGAAAUUGAGCCCGGCGACCCCGAAAUGCCCGGACCACUUCCGGUGGUUUGUCCGCCUGAAGAUGAUCAGGCCAACGAGGCGGUUAUUGCAAAUCCUGUGAAACAGGAAGAGGAAGAGGUAACCACUGAAUACGACGAGAAUGUCACCGAACAGGUUCUAAAUGGCCUGAUUAAGCAGGAGCAGAAUGAUUUCGAGCCGUUUGAGGCUGGCGAUCCAAUGGAUUUUGUUUGGGAUGAGCAAGGCUUUUUGAACAUGCUGGACCUGCUGUAUUAGGCAUGGUCAGUUGCGCUUGUGCGUUGUUGUGCACGUGCAUUGUUUGCGGAUCGCAAUGGAGUGACUGAAAUGUUGGAAUCACAACGCCGGAAGUGUUGUUCGCACAAUGCUGAAGGUGGUUGUAAUUAUGAUUCGAGGAAUGUGAUAGAGAAAGGUUUUGCUUUUUGUACGCAGUUGAUGGUAUUAUUUGAUUUUGUUAUACGUUGCUCCCUUUUCUACGGUAGAAACUUUUACUUGUUGGCUUUGCAUUUUUUUGUUGUGCUGCACGGAAUUGGUUUUUCUCCAGUACUGUAUGUACCAAUGAUUGCAAAAUCCGUGGUAAACAGUUAUGACACGUCGA